GAGAGUUGAAGUAGAGAGCAAAAACAAAAAACAAUCACAUAGCAUAAUAGUCUCAGAUCCGUACUGCUUUUUUGUUGCUUGUUUUUCUUUUCUCGAGAAAGUUUCACAUUUUCUCGAGAAAAAAAAAGAGAUUCUACUCAAUUCCUUUCCUCCUCCUCCUUCUCCUUCUCCUUCUUCUUCGUCAAUGAUUUCUAAAACGGUACGUUUCAUUAAAUAGGGUUGUAGUUUAAUAUCUUUGGGGUUGCUGCACUGAAUCUGUUUGCUACCUACUGAUAAAUAAAGGGUGUUUUUUUGCUCACUUCACAGUUAUGUCAGGGUUGGAGGGAAUUGGGGCUAGUGGUGAUGAAAUCAGAGAGAGAAGAUCUGAUUUUGAGAACUCGGAAGACGAGAGGAGGAGAUCGAAAAUCGGCAAUCUCAAGAAGAAGGCUUUGAAUGCUUCUAAUAAGUUCACUCAUUCUCUUAAGAAGAGAGGGAAAAAGAAAAUUGAUUAUAGAGUUUCUUCUGUUUCCAUUGAGGAUAUUCGGGAUGAGAAGGAGGAAAGCGCUGUACAAGAUUUGCGGCAUAUACUUCUUGAGAGAAAUUUGUUGCCUCCUAGGCAUGAUGAUUAUCAUAGUCUUCUUAGAUUUUUGAAAGCUAGAGAUUUUAACAUUGAAAAAACAGUUCAUAUGUGGGAAGAAAUGCUUAAUUGGAGGAAGGAGUUUGGAACAGACACCAUAUUGGAGGAUUUUGAGUUUGAAGAACUCGACGAGGUCUUGCAAUAUUACCCUCAGGGGUACCAUGGUGUUGAUAAGGAAGGCCGGCCAGUUUACAUUGAAAGACUUGGAAAAGCUCAUCCCAGUAGGCUGAUGAGAAUAACAAAUAUAGAUCGAUACAUGAAGUACCAUGUUCAAGAGUUUGAGAGAGCUCUAUUGGAGAAAUUCCCUGCAUGUUCAAUAGCUGCAAAGAGACAGAUAUGUUCAACGACAACCAUACUUGAUGUGAAUGGCUUGGGCAUUAAGAAUUUCACACGGACAGCUGCAAAUCUUUUGGCCACCAUGACAAAGAUAGAUAACAGUUUCUACCCCGAGACAUUGCACCGAAUGUAUAUUGUUAAUGCCGGUCCUGGUUUUAAAAAGAUGCUUUGGCCUGCAGCUCAGAAAUUUUUAGAUGCAAAGACUAUCGCGAAGAUACAGGUUUUAGAUCCCAAGUCCUUGCCCAAGUUACUGGAAGUAAUUGACUCAAGUCAAUUGCCAGACUUCUUGGGUGGUUCUUGCCCUUGUUCUGAUGAAGGAGGGUGUCUUAGAUCUAAAGGUCCAUGGGAUGAUCCUGAAGUAAUGAAGCUUGUACAUAAUGGGGAAGCAACUUUUGUUAGACAAAUCACCAGAGUAUCCUUUAACCAGCGGAAAUUUGACUCAUCUGUUCAGACACACGCACAGAAGGGAAGAACUAGUGAGACAUCUGCAGCAGAAUCAGGAUCUGAUAAUGAUGAUCCCUCAUCUCCAGCUGAACACAAUUCUAUGUUUUCACGUUUGGACCCUGUGCAUGAGGAGGUCAGAGCUUCAGAUCCCAAUGCAUACUUCAGCUGUGAUGAUAGCUUUCCUGUUGCUGAGAAGAACAGACAAAGCUACUUGGAUUUAUCACUUAAAACGAAUCAGUCCAGUCAUUUUCCUAGUGAGGUGGCCCCAAAUGUGGAAGGCAACAUCUUACGCUGGUUGGGCAUUGUAAAGGAAAAAGUUAUGAGAAGGCACAAUGUGGGUGUAGCUAGAAUGUUGGUGUCAUUUCUGGACAAAUUAGUUGCAUAUUUCAAUAGUCUGCCAUUUGAAUGUUGGAGAAGGCAGAACAAUGUUUUUCCAUCUAAUCUCAUAGAGCAUUCUGCUGAUAGUCAUUCAACAGCUGUUGAAACUGUAAUUGAAGACCAUGUUCGUCCGUGUAUGGAACGUCUGCAGAGUUUGGAGAAAGUAGUCCAGGAAAUAACAAACAAGCCUGCUGCGAUCCCGUUAGAAAAAGAGCAAAUAUUAAUGGAAUCUCUAGAGAGGAUAAAGUCUGUGGAGUUUGAUCUGGAGAAAACAAAAAGGGUAUUGCAUGCUGCCAUUGUAAAACAGCUUGAGAUUGCUGAUGUGCUCGACGAUUUAAAGGAGUCUAGAUGCAGGCAAAGAAGAUUGUUCUGUUGAAGAUGAUGAGCAGUAACAAGUUAUAAAGUGGUGAAAUUGGGGAUAGGAGGAGAUUGAAAUUGCACAGAUAGAAUAUAUGAAAGCAACAGCCAUAGGGAGGACCCUUCUCGUUUUCUUUUAGAGUAAGAUGAGGCGGUGAAUCCCGUUUUUUUUGUCAAUCCUGUGUCCCCUUAAACCUUAUAAUCUCCCUUUACAGUCAGUCCUUACAUGACUUAAAAAGCUUAGCUUCUGCAAUGUAGAGAAACGACAGAAAUAGUAAAUCAAAUGCCUUUUAACCAUAA